AACACAACGCUUCAUUCAUUCACCUUCUCUUUCUCCAUUUCAAAUUCGCUACUGUGUCACACUGAAGCAAAUUCAAAAUUCUUCUGAAAAAAAAAGCAGAACCAGAAAAGAAAAGGAUCCCUUUCCCGAUCACUCUUUUCUCAGAUUCUCCGAUCAAAGGUUGUGUGAAAAUGAUGUCAAUGACGCCGGAUCAGUCUAAGAAAGUUGGAUUGGGGAUGAUCACGGCGUCUCCGUCUCCAUUUCUAACCCCUCGCCCUGAACGACGCCGUCCCGAUUCGCGCGGCUCCGAUCGCAACUCAAUUCGCUUCGACAAGGAUAAAGAGACUAAUGUGCAAGUCUUGCUUCGCUGCAGGCCAUUAAGUGAUGAUGAGCAAAAGCUGAAUGUUCCCAAGCUGGUGUCAUGUAAUGAAAAUAAAAGGGAAGUGACUGUUAUGCAGACGAUAGCUGGCAAGCAAGUAGAUAGAGUUUUCACCUUCGACAAGGUUUUUGGACCUAAAGCACAGCAAAGAUCAAUAUACGAUCAAGCCAUUGCCCCAAUUGUCCAUGAAGUUCUUGAUGGUUUCAACUGCACUGUCUUUGCUUAUGGCCAGACAGGGACUGGUAAAACUUACACAAUGGAGGGUGGUAUGAGAAAUAAGGGUGGUGAUUUAACUGCCGAGGCUGGUGUCAUUCCAAGAGCAGUUCGCCACAUUUUUGACAUCUUGGAAGAACAAAAAGCUGACUAUAGUAUGAAAGUGACAUUCCUUGAGCUUUAUAAUGAAGAAAUCACUGAUUUAUUGGCCCCUGAAGACAAUUCUAGGCCUUUAGAAGAAAAACAGAAGAAAUCUGUAACCAUGAUGGAAGAUGGAAAGGGUUGUGUGGUUGUGAGAGGCCUUGAAGAAGAAUCAGUAUACAGUGUAAAUGAAAUUUAUACUCUAUUGGAGCGAGGAGCAUCAAAAAGGCGCACUGCAGAUACAUUGCUCAACAAGAGAAGCAGUCGUUCGCAUUCAGUCUUCACCAUUACUGUCUAUGUGAAAGAAACAGUAAUUGGCGAUCAAGAGUUAAUUAAAUGUGGCAAGCUUAAUCUUGUUGAUUUGGCAGGAUCAGAAAAUAUAUUGCGCUCAGGAGCACGAGAGGGACGUGCUAGAGAAGCAGGGGAGAUAAACAAGAGCUUACUUACCUUGGGACGAGUCAUAAAUGCGCUUGUGGAACAUUCUCCUCACGUGCCUUACAGAGACAGUAAGCUUACAAGGAUUUUGCGCGAUUCCUUAGGAGGGAAAACAAAAACAUGCAUAAUUGCAACUAUUACCCCAUCUGCUUAUUGUUUAGAAGAAACACUAAGUACACUAGACUAUGCUAGUCGUGCCAAAAACAUAAAGAAUAAGCCUGAGGCAAACCAAAAAGUUUCAAAGGCUGUUUUGUUGAAGGACUUGUACUUGGAAAUCGAGAGAAUGAAAGAAGAUGUUCGAGCAGCUAGGGAAAAGAAUGGUGUAUAUAUUUCUCAUGAAAGAUUUGCCAAGGAAGAAGCUGAAAAGAAGGCAAGGAAUGAGAAGAUAGAGCAACUAGAGAAUGACCUCAAUCUUAGCGAAAAACAAGUGGACAGGUUCCGUGAACUCUACUUAACCGAGCAAGAACAGAGAUUGGAUUUAGAAAGCGAUCUACAGGAUUGCAAGGUGAAUUUGGAAAAAACCAGCAAGGACUUGCAUGAUCUUCAAGAGCAUUACAGGAUAGUUGUUUCAACAUUGAAGGAGAAGGAAUGCACCAUUUCCAAGCUACUGAAAUCAGAAAAUGCCUUGAUUGAGCAUGCAAAGGAAAUGUGUACUGAUCUUCAGAAUGCAUCAGAUAAUAUUAAUUUACUGUCCUCAAAGUUAGAUCACAAAGUAAGAAUGGAGACAGAGAACCGAAAUAUAAUCUUCAAUUUUGAGUCUCUCUUAAAUGAGAGCUUAAAAGAUUUGCAUACCACCAUUAUAGGGUCUGUUUCUCAACAGCAGAAACAACUUAAAUGCAUGGAAGAUCAUGUCUGCUCCUAUCUUGCUAGUAAAAGAGAUGCAGCCGAAGCUCUUGAGUCAAGGAUCAAGAAAAUGACUGGGAUUUAUACUUCGGGAGUAGGCACUCUGAAGGAGCUAGCUAAUACAUUGCAUAUGAAAGCUUCGUCUGAUAUGGAACAGAUACAAUCUAAAAUUUCAUCACAGACGUCGGCUGUCGAGAGCUUUCUUGCAACUGCCGUUCUUGAAGCCAAGGACGUGAUAUGCAACAUACAAAAUUCUCUUGAUGAGCAAAAACAGCUGCUAGCAUUAUCCAUUCAACAACAAGAGGAAGGAUUGCAGCAAAGCCUGGCUUCAGCACGAAAGGUUUCAGAAGCAACUGUAAACUUCUUUAAUGACAUUCAUCUACGAACUUCAAGAGUCAUGAGAACUCUUGAAGAAACCCAGAAUGAGACGUUCGACCAAUUAGCUAAGUUUGAGAAGAAGUUCAAGGAUGAGGUUACCAGAGACGAGGAGCAGGCCUUGGAGAAAAUUGCAGCAAUUUUGGCAUCCUUGACAUCUAAAAGAACUGCUAUGGUGUCGGAGGCUUCAAGAAAUAUGCAGGACACGAGUAUGCAACAGUCUAACAGAUUGCAGCUAGAGAUGGUCAACAUGCAGCAAGUUUCAAAAGAUGCUACCAAGGAAGUUGGUGAAUAUAUACAAAUUGCAAAAAGUCAAUUUGUGAACCAAGUAUAUUCAGCAAGUGAUAUUGAAGCUACCAUGGUGAAUUGCCUCCUGGAGUGCUCCAAGACAGUGGACUGUUCCAGGAAGCAGUGGGAAAGUGCCCAAUUGUCCAUCAACAAUCUCCACAAGAACAAGCUUGGCGAGAUAGAAUCUACAGUGAAAGAAAAUGUAUUGGCAAAUCUUGCUCUGAAUCAAGAAUUUGUGUCUACAUCAUCAUCUAUGGGUUCAGAUUAUGAUGCAGAAACCCAUAACCUGCUGGCAGAUGUCAAUGGUACACUGGUGCUGGACCAUAAGAAUAAGAAGGAAAUUGAUUCUAUGACUGCUCGGUGGUUGGAGCAGCUUACCUCAUUAACACAUAAGCAUGGUGAAGAUAUAUCAAAUAUUCAUGACCAAGCAGAAAAGAGCCUUGUUAAAGAUUACUUGGUUGACCAGAAUACAAGUUCAACAUCUCACAAAAUAGUUGUACUAGUCCCCAGUCCUGCAUCCAUUGAGGAGAUGAGGACACAGAUCACAGAAGACAACUCCGCUGUGAACCGAUUAAAAUCGAUCCAUGCAGAAAGCAAAAUCCCCCGUCUAGCAGCAUCUCCAAAUCGAACUCCGUUUGCAGAUAUGAAUUGACCAUAGUUAGAUAGUUAGUUGGAGUAUGGAACUUCAUACUAAAACAGUAAAACCCAUGCUUAUACAGUUGGGUGGGUAGCUUGGGGAUUAAAGUCCUAUAUGGGGGAAGCUCAUCACCUGAUGAGCACACUCCCUGGUAUGAUGUAAAAUGAUGCAAUGUGAUGCUGGAGCUUUCUAAAUUGUAGCUAGAUCAGAUUCUGGGACAAGAAUAGAAAAAUCUAUUUGAAUUUUCUCGGUGA